AUGUUUAAUAAAAAGAAGGCUAAUAUAAAAUUUAUUAGUGAUAAAAAAUUCUGUGAAUCCAUUAAAAAAAAUGUAAUUGAAAACAUGACUGAUGAAGGAUUUUCUUUAAAGAUUCCUGAAAAAACUUAGAAAGUAUCAAAUAAUCUUAUCAAUAGAGUGAAAAAACAACUACAAUAAAGCUUACAACAUAGCAAUCAGAGCCUAUCUUAAAAUAAAUUACUUCAUUAAUAAAAUAAUAAAAAACAAGCGAUAAGAAAUAACUUCCAAAUUCAGCUGAAGUAACAAAAUGUUACGAAGAUAAUUCUUCACUUAUACAACAAUUAAUGUAAGAAAAUAUUAAACUAAAAAAAUAAAACUUAAUCAAAGAUUCAAUCAUAAAUAAAUUGAUAACAAAGAACGACAUAUCAAAAGUUAAUCAAUAGAAAGGAAGCACAUCUUAAACUGAAAGACAAUGUAAUAAGUUACAACAUAAUAAGUAUGAAUAUUACAAAUAUUUAGUUAGAAGAAUGCCUGUAAAAGUAUGGAAGAAUUAUCCUCUUUAGGAUUUACAUUUUGUAACACAGAGUAAAAAAAUAAUAAUUAAGAAUGUGAAUAAUUCUCAAUAAAAUCUUAAAAAAGUCCGAUAAAAUUACCAAAAGAAUUUUAGAUAAUAACAAAAAAAAGUCAAAAUAAGUUUUUUAUUUGA